AUGCCUUUCAUAGCCAGUCAACAUGGCUCUACCUCGUACUCUCUCCCACUCAGACUCCACGUGCCUCGGUUGAGGAAGCACUCGAGAUUUCUCAUAUCCAACGGCCUCCAUAGAAUCGUGAUUACCGGCACCAAUGGAGGGAAAUUGACCCUGGUCGGCGUAGUAGGUUACACGCGGGACUCAAUUUGCCAGACUAUGGAAGCAAAGGAACCGAGUACGCCGUACCGCCUUGCUCUUGUUUCUCCAUACCUUGGCUUCGCUAUGCGCCAAUAUGACAUUGUGACGUACCUUCAGGAUCUUACGGGUGGAUCGUCAAUUCCCCUUGUUGCAGGUCUCGACAUCAACUUGGAAAUGUUAGACUUGCUCUGUCGAUAUAAAAACAUUGCAGCAAUCAAACUCAUGUGCGACAGUCUAGCCAAGUUCAUUGCUCCAGCAGGUCAGAGUGACUGGCCGAUUCCCGCACUAAACGUCGGUGGCGUCGGGACACUUGUUGAUGUGGCAACCAGAAUCAAGCUUUGUGUCACCGAAUGGGAGUUCGCCAAGGGCGAACUCAACGGCACCGAGUUUGAUGUUGCACAAAAGAGGGUUCAACCCAAAAGCAGCGCCGACUGCAGGAACUCGUAUCCGCCGUAUACCGACGCAGGGAAGAAGAAAUAUGAGAAGGAGAAAGAGGAGUAG